AUGAGAGCCUGCCCUAUGCACAAUUUGCUGUUCCUCUUUCUGCUGGCCGUGUCCUCGUUGGCCUUGGCCCAACAAAUGCAUUGUCACUUGGGUACAUCUGUGACUAUAGAAAGCAAACCAUCAAACUGGACCACAGAGAAAGUUGAGACUUGUGACAAUGGAUCCCUUUGCCAGGAAACUAUACUGUUGAUCAAAUCAGGGCCCAAGACAGCUGUUUUGGCCACUAAAGGCUGUAUCUCUCAAGUGCUAGAGGGCGUGACUUUUAUCCAGCACUUUGCCCCUGACCUGACUGCAGUCUCCUUCAGCAAUUUUUGUGAGGAGUCACUUUGCAACAACAAAGAAAAUGUCUUUCACUUUUGGAAAACACGCAAGUUCUCAGCUCCCAAUACCUCAACCAUGCUCCACUGCCCAACCUGUUUGGCUCUUGGGUCUUGUACCAGUGUUCCUUCUCUGCCUUGUCACCGCUAUGCAACUCGGUGCUAUCGAGGAAGAAUUGGGCUCACUGGAGAAGGCAUCAACAUGACUGUGGAUGUCAGAGGCUGCACAGACAUGACUGGUUGCAGGCUGAUAGCUGGACUUACCAGAAUAGGACCCAUAUCAGUGAAGGAAAAAUGUCUGCCCCAGCCUGCCCUUCAACCUCGAAGAGCCAGAAGUGGGGCGCCAUGGCUGCUGGUUUCAGUCUGGAGGUUAGAGCUACUACUGUCACUGCUGCUUGUCCACUUUUUCUGA